AACCCUAAAAUUAUUGUGACCAUGGCAACAAAAGGCAAACACCUCAGGGGUGUAUAUAACCAUAGUGGCCAGCAGUCUGGGAUACAGUUCCACAGAUCACUGCAAAGAUGAAGACUCUGCUGGUUGCCUUGCUGGUGGCGAUUUUAUGCGCCGGAAAAGCCCACGCCUUUUUUUGCUACAGGUGCGAAAACGAGCCUUCCAACUGGAACUGUAUGAAGGCAGUGAAGUGCGCAGAACAGGACCAGUUCUGUACCACCAUCACUUCCACGUCAGGAUCGGGCAAGAACGCUGUGUACCAGCUUAGCAAGAGAUGCACCCCGACUUGCACGGAGAACUUCAUCGACACAGGCCUGACAAGUGUUUCGACCAAGUGUUGCAGCCAUUCCUUCUGCAAUAUCAGCGGGGCCACCAGUGUCAAAACCAGCAGCCUGCUGAUGGCCGUGGGAGUCCUGGCCAGUUUCUUCUACAUCUUCCAAUCCGUCUUGUGAGGAGACUCUGCAGAGCAAAGGUCACAGUUCUCCUAUCCAAAACUGUCAAAUGUCGCUCCCCUUUACCUUGUUUGAGAUCAAGAAUCCCGUUGUGGACAGCAAACGCCACCCCACGGAAGCAUCGCGGAAGAGCUUGCUCACCUGGAUCAUUGCCCUGAACGCUAAAAUUCUCGACUUCUUGCUUGGUACUGCAGAGCGUGGAGUUCUCUCCACCUGCCCAGAAACCUCUCGCUCCUCUUUGGUGCUGCAAUGCACCAUCUUCUCCCCAGUCCCUCGACAAAGCAGCUGAUGAGUCUUCUCCUCCAUUUGGCCCCCCCAAAAAGCCUCAGGUCAUUCCCAGACAACACGUUUUCCGACUGGUUUGCACAGAGUUUGGUUUGCACAACCUUUGCCAUUCCCAGACAACCCACGUGCAAAAUCAGUUUGCACAAAGUUUUCGAGGAAGUUAAAUAAUAUCAACUGUUUGGGUUUGUGGCGGAGGGGAGAUCAAUUGACGUUGCAUCAAGCAAAUGCCAUCUCAUAUGUUCCUUUAGCAUUCCUCGUUGCUUUCCUUAUUGAAGGGAGUCCCAGGGGGAGCGGAUUGGUUGCAGAAACUGAUUUUCAUUUUUCUGCCGGAGUUUUCUUUUAUGUUAGAAGAGCAAAAGGCUUGGUGAGCUCAGAGCAGGUCUGCAGCACCGGCUCAAGCUGGUUCCACGAUCACCUUUCCUAAUUUCCCCAGGCAUUCAAAGAAGUCUAUUUUUU